AUGAAACCAGAAAAUUUCGGGCAACAUAAAGAAAUGCGGGAAAAGCUUCAUGAACACAUCAAAGAAAGACGUCAGGAAUCGAGGAAGGCAAGUUUAGCACAAUAUAGAGGGAUACGUGGGACUGUCCAUGUAUCAUGCUUUCUUUCAUCUCGAAGAUGAUGGUACUUAAUAACGAUAAAAAGAUGUUUCGUUAUCGUUCAUUCAAACCUUCACGCUGUAUCUUAACGACAAAGCAAGGGCAAGACCUUGCCCUAUACAAACACUGAUUUCAAGAUUCUGCUUUCCUCAGUCAUUAGUUAUCAAAGACAUUUAAUGUGUAACAAGAAAUCGUUGACAGCUUUGGGAUCGAUGAUUUCGAAGCCUGCUUUUUCCUAUUAUUUUCUUAAUCUCACAUGUAUCUACUGUUGCCAUUGUAUGCUCAUAUGCGUUAAUUGAGGUCUCGGGAAUAUGGAAUUAUUUUCUCGUUUGCAUUCUUACUUUAUCUUACUUUUAUCAAUCAAAUUUAUUCAUAGUUUGUCUUUUCAUUCAUUAUACUUAAAUUCUAGGCUACCGAGGAGAAACCCUGGGAAUACAUAAAGUUGUUUUGUAGUUGGAAUUUAAUUUAAAGACUUAAUUUUGAUUUUAGCAUUUCUUAUUAUAAAUAUCAUUAAUAAUUUGUUCAUUGAUUUAUCAUAAUGAAGAUCUAGACUGACCUUAAAAUGUGUUAUUUUGUUGUCUUAAAAUGUUUUAUUUCGUUGUGUUUUAUAUCGAGACGUUUUCAUUUCAAUUUUUUCUUUUCAGACGUUUGAAGUGAUCUCCGAAGCUGGUAAGGCCGAUGAACACAAACGGAGUGAGCUUCAAAGUCUUUACAUUGAAGCAAGAAAAAUUAUAAACCAGCUCGAUGAUGAAUUCAUAAAUCCCCUUGAAACAAGCUUGGGAGAUAUCAAAACGGCUCUAGAUGAAAACAUCAGAAGUCUUGCGCCAAGGGAUCAAUAUGUGGUGCUUGUUGCAGGUAGGAAUUUAAAAGACUGAGGGUUUAAAAGACUGGAACUUUUCAUGCAUAGAUUUUUGAACACCCUGCAUUGCCCUCAGCUACCUCCACUAUCCUGCAGUGUAAGGAGAUUGUGAUAAUAUCUCGGGAAUCUUGAGUUUUUCCAGUAGUGCCGCUUUAUUUAGCAUUUACUUGUUUAGGAGUAUCUCUUCAGAACUACAAGUCUUUUAUCUAAAGAUGUCACGUGCCUGGAAUUUUUCAUCUUCAGGUGAGACUAGUGCUGGCAAGAGUAGUCUUAUCAACCUAAUACUUGGCGAAGAGAUUUUACCAAGUGCCGUUUUGAGUACAACAUCGACAAUCUUCGAGCUCAAGCAUGAUGAAACUCCCAUGGUUGUCAAGCAUUUGAAAGAUUCUCUCGAACCUUUGCGUUACAAUUUAGUUGGUCCGAAGGAGUCCUUCCUGAUGCAGAUAACUAAUUUUUUGUCUGAAAAGAAUGGCCGUGGGAGAGUAUCCAGGUUCAGGAAAAUCGAACUGUUUUGGCCGCAUCCGCUGCUCAAGGUUUGUUAAUUUUUGAGCACGCCCCUAAUUUGCAAAUAUUCUUUUCUUCUUUCUGGAUUUGGAAUUAAUAUGACGGCUCCUUCUUUUUACAUUUACAUGGCAGUGUUGGAGAGAAGGUGAUGGUGUUAAUUCCAACUCUUGGUAAAAUCUACUACAUUAUUCUAAUUGCAAAAUUACUUUCCAAUAAUUUUGUUUUUUAAAAAAGUUACUUUUCAAAUAAAAUUUCUCUAAACUGAAGCAAGAGAAACCAAUUGAGAGGAUUGAAGCCGCAGCUUUUGGUUCCAUCUCUCCAACGCAGGAUAUUUCCAGUGCGAAAAAGACGUAAUGAUAUAUGUUAUUCACCAGCCGGGAGUCCGUUUUGGGAAACUGACUGUUUCCCAGGUCUUGGAUACCACCUGACUCCGUAGUACUCAAGACAGAAGGCACAGUUUUUUUUCCAAUGCGGUCCGACCUAGGAUGGUGAAGACCGUUUUCAUGUUUUUUUUCUUACACUUAACAAAAUGCUUUUGAAAAGAACCCGAGUUAUUAAGGGCUGUAAUUACGGCACCGUCGUCCACGUCUGUUUGUUUGUUUGCUGAAGUGGCGUGUCUAAAUUUUAUAUUUCUUCCUUAAAAAAAAAAAACUUUGGUCAAAUGGGCACUCUUUUUCGCUAGAAACAAGGGUAUUUAAUGUGGCUUUCACUCAUUUAAUUCCUUCGGUUUCUAUGGUGGAACUUACGGUAGAAAAGAUCAAAUUCAAGGGAAUUUCAAAGAUUUAGCGAAAGUGUAUUUUUAGGAGAAUCGAAAACUCUACUCAGUGUUGUACGACGAACAUAGUUUUCUUUGUCAUGAAGUAUGUUUUCCGUCUCAGGAUGAAAAAAUUCACUUUUGCUUUGAUAACUUUCGUUGUCUGAAUUCAUACUUGUGAGUCACUUGCUACAAUAUUUACAUCUUUUGGCCACACGUGAAAAGGUUGAAUAGUGCAAAUUGCAAAACUCGGAGCGGUCUGUAUCCGAGGUCCAGUUGAGAAAAUCUGGUCCGCUAGGGUGCGCAGAAUUAGCCAAUCAAAAAAAUUACUUACGUUAAUUUUCUACCACCCAUAUGUCUCCCAAAAUGAGGACAUUUCACUUACCAUCCUUGUUACUAUACAUAUUUCUACACUUUCGAACUAUUGUGUCGAGCUGCCAGACCCUUUACUUAGAAAAAAACAAAAUAAAAAACCAAAGACAACGGCAUGAAUAGAAAGAAUAUGCUAAUUGAUGUAUGGAAAUGGUUAAUCUUGGGCUAAUCUUAAAUAAUUAAGACGGCUUUACCUGUAUCAAUUAGGAGCGUGUCAUCAUUGUUGAUAGCCCUGGAGUGGGAGAUAGUGAGGCAAUGAAUGAAGCUGUCCUUAACUACCUUCCAAAUGCCUUCUGCUUUAUUUAUGUCAUCAACAGCAACAAUGCUGGCGGAGUUCAGGAAGACAGAGUAGGUGGCUAUUUCAAAGAUCAUUUAAUGCAGCUCUUUAUUCUUCCUUGGUUAUUGUAACUAAAUUAUUAGUAUCAGUUCCAGUUCGAAAGACAUAUACAAAGAAAAGAGUAAUAUAUCACAUUUUUCCAAUGAAACAGUUUGUUGAUUGAGAUUAGGGUCCAGUCAUUAAUUUUUUUUCCUAGGGGAGAAGGGUAUCGGAGAAUUUUGGGGGCAUUAGAUGGUUUUAAGGGGGGAACGGAGGGGAAAUCAGUCGUCGCUAACAAAGUGUAAAGGUGGGACUAUUGAAAACUGCAACCAACGAUGGUGGAUCAUUAGACUACUCUAGACCAUAAGGAGGGAUCAGGUUAAUUUUAUAUUUUAUUGUGACGAAAACGAAAUCCUCCGACCCCCCCCCUCCCCCCCCCUCCUUUCAUGACCCGUCCCUAAGUGCUGUUUUUGCAAAUCGCUUUUCUCUUUGUAGACUAAAUUUAUACUGUCAAGAAUCAGUUUCCAUAGGUAACUGUAAAACAAAAAGGGAGGGAAUGCUACCCCCCUUUUUUUUUUUACACUUUAUCAGGAAGAUCUUAUCUAGGCAACUGUCCACUUCAGUAGCUGUUCGUUUAUCCUGGAGACACAUUAACAGAGGACAGCGCCUUUGGUCCCCGUCAUUUGCAUUUGUAUCCCACUAUAUAACAUCGUUUUGUAGACGAGUUAACAGGCUAAUCAAAAUAAGAACUGUUUUCAAAAUAUCGCGAUGUAACAAGGAACGAAAUCACUGGCGGGGGGAUGGGGGUUCCAACCACCUCCCUUUGUAUCACGGUGAGGUAUGAGUUUGCAUACACGUCCGAGGGUUGAUAAAAUCAGUUUAGGAACAAGUCUUCGUUCUUCGAUUUAUGUUCAAACGUAAGACAAAAGAUUACGCCAUAAGUCCCUACAAUUUUGAUUAAAAGGUAUUUAAAGGCCACGAAGACUAACUUUCAUUUCUCCUCCUUGAUCAAUCCUGAUUAUAUUCUUUACCAUAAAAGGCAUCGGCUUGUCUACUUUUUUUAUUUGAAUAGCUGGGAAUGUUACUAUCCAAUGCUGCGAGCCUCAAGAGAGAAGCGAAGAUGGACUUAAAGCUGUUUUCUGGUUGUGCCUUGUUUGUUUGCAACAAAUUGGACGAGAUUAAACCCGAUGAAGUAGAGGAGGUGAAAUCGGAACAAAUCAAAAGGCUCACCAAAAAGUUGGGUGGCCUCGACCCGCACUUACAAAUUGUUUACCUGUCGUGCAAAGAUGCUCAAAUGGCCCAGGAAUACGGUGUCGUAAGAAGCGACUUUGAUGACCUGAUCAGAGGGAUAAGCAGUCUAUUAGUGUCUUCCAUGCAGAAUAACUUGGAAAUCUACACCAGGUAAUUAUAAUAAAUGAAUUUUAAUAAUAAUAAAUAGAGAAGGCCUUAUUGGAAUCGAGGAAAUGCUGUAAAGGGGGAAGUUUUGAAACAAUAGAAGAUACCUACCUCCCAAAAACAAAUCAUUUGAGAGUAUUUUAAUCCCAUAACCUUAGUCAUGAUAAGAUCAACUAUGCUGCCCAUGAUCACAGCCUCCACGUAUAUUACGUCGAUUUGAAAGAUAAAUUUUUCUUUUACGGUUUUGCAGAUUUCUGAUCUGUCCAUUAGGUAGAUGUAGGGAAAGGAUUUCUACAAUGCAUGCUAAUUCUAGGCAACAUAUGGCAGUCUUUCACUACAGCUAAAAAAAAGCCGUAAAACUCCAGAACAAAGCACUCUUGAUCCCCUCGGUAUUUACCAACGCUUUUCAUGCAACUAAGUUAUUUUUGUGCUUUUCACGUUACCAAGUUCCCACCAGUAGUGUAGCCCAUCCUACUCUAUAUAAACCACUCACAACCAACGAUUCCCCGUUUUUCUCUGACGAAGGGCAAAGGUUGGAAGCUAUCUAUGAUGGCCGAUUAAAAUCGUCAACUCAGUUAAUAAGACCACAUACAGUACCAUUCAAACCUGGUUUGAUUCAACCCAUGAAUAGUUGAAAGGUGACAGUUCAGUUUCCUUGUCAUGCACACUUCAAUAACAAGCGCGUCGUGUAAAAUUUUUUUAAGAGUUCUUGAAGGUAACUCAUACACUACGACUGGAAAGAAAUCAUACGGGUCUCUUAUAGCUCACAGCAAAUUCGAAAGGAUCGUUACUUUUCGUUGAAUAUUUAAUUUUUUCUUUUGACAAGUUCUUUUUUUGGGUUACAGAUGGCUUGAUGAUCUCCUAUCUCGUGUGUCUCGUCAAAUUACGUUAUUAAUCAGAUCAACAACGUUGUCACGGAUGGAAAAAGAUGGGAAAAUGACGGAGAUCAAGAAACGAAUGGAAGAAUUACAAAGAUCGCAAAACGAAACCAUAGAAGAACUUGGUGAAAACCAAAAGCAGUUAAUCUGGGAGAUUACGGGAAAGUUGGCUUUUCACUUUAAAGCGACAGGCACAUCAACCCGAUUUUGCAAGUGGUCUCCUACCGAGGUCCCAGUUCCAGAAGCAACAUGGGAAGAGACGGAAGAUAAAAUCUUAAGUAGCAUCUCGAAACGGAGUCAUCAGUUCGUACAAGAGUGGGAGGAUGACGAGCACGAGUUCGCUAAAGCCCAGGACAAAAUCAUUAAAGAUCUUUGUGAGAAGUAUAAUAUCAUGGAGGAAGAGAUCCGCAAAGUAGAAGACGAAGUUCUCUUUGUAAACGGAACGGCGGAGGUUUUCCAGCAAAAAAAACGUACUUCUGGUCUCCGAAACAUCCAAGAGAGAUUUCAAAACGUUCCUAUUGUGAAAAAAACUCCUGUGUGGCUCCGGCAAGGAUUAGCAUCUGUUGUAAUUCGCUCUCCGUUGAGUAAACGUGUGUCAAAAUUUAAGGAGAGGCUAGAUUUCCCCAGAAAGCUCAAGAAGUACCAGACCGACCAAUGUGCUUACAUGUCUGAGAGAUGCAAAGCUUCUCUUAAAGUUCUCUCGGACCGAACCCAUCUCCUUCCGUUCAUAACAGAACAACUUGAAGAUUCGGUACGGGUUUUAAAUCAGAUAAAAGAGAAAAUUCCCAAAUUAAUAGAGGGUGACAAGCAACUGUAUCAACAGCUUCUGUCGGACACGAGAGGCAAGGCCGACAUCCAGAAUUUCUAUGAACCCAUAAGCAAGAAACUAGAGUCAUUAAAGGAAAAAGUCUUCGUCUAUGCUAUGACAGAAAUAAGGCGAUCCGACUUUUCUGAGGGAGAUUUGAAAUGGACAGAAGAUUCCAGGUCCAUCGUCGGUAACGGUACUUUUUCCACAGUUUACGCUGGUGAACUCUCCCGUAAAGAAGAAAAGGAAAUAAAAGUCGCUUUGAAAGUUUACACAGAUCUUCUCUCAGAAGAAAACGUGUUUCAAUUUUGGAAUGAAGAUAUGACUAUGAGGUUUGUCAGACUAAAGCAGUUUCAUGAAUAUACGUUGAAUUAGCCUCUUAUAUUAGUUCUUAUUUUUUUAGCCUUAACUCAAAUUAGUGUUACUGGGUCCAAGUGGUUUUAAAGGAAAUGGAAAAAAUGUUGUUUUAAGGCCACAUCCUCCCACGCCGUUUAAUCUUGAAAGCAAAGGGGCAGGCAUCGCUCGCAACUCUCGCAAUGGCGUUAAUAUUAUUCCCGCAACACUCUGUAUACUAUUGAGCUGUUCGUUUAAGUAGUCUGUUCUUUUCUUCAAUUUGAAACUACUCAUUAAGUUGUAGCAUAGAAAAAUUCCUCAAUUUCGCUGACAUUCGCUCUUGGUGAUUACACCACUUCACCUAGAGGAGCUGAAAUAAUAAAUAUAAUGAUUUAUUGUAUAUCUCUUCUUUCUGAUUUAGGCAGAUACGCGGACAUCGAAGUAUUGUGGAGUUUUAUGGGACACAUCUUCUCAGAAGACCAGAGGGUACCAAAGUUGUGAUGGUAUCGGAGUUAUGUAUGGAUUCCAUCGAGACAUACAUUUUGUCUAAUCGUGACCAUGCCCCUUUCCGUACGAGGAAGAAAGUUUUACAUUGGGCUAUGCAAAUUGUUGACGCUUUGUGCUUUAUCCAUGGUAAAGGACUUUCCCAUCAGAAUUUGAAACUGAAAAAUGUGUUGGUAAGCAUGUGUUUCUCAUUAGCAUCUUAUGAUAGUGAUUUGUGUUGUUUUAAAACCAUUAACUCUUAUGUAAUGUAAAUGCGAAAUCCGCCCCUGUUAAGUUACGUUUGAAUUGCAUAAGGUAUGAAUAUGUCGGCGAGAUAUUGAAGUGGGUAUUGUUUUAUUACUAAUGUUGCAGCAGUACAAAAUCUUAAACUCUUACUUUAAAACAUCUUUGCGUGUCUCACAUCGAGUGAGAAAGGCUCUUCUUGACUGGAAUCAGUACAAUUCUCUUGAAAUCGAAUGCAAUGCAAAUUGGAUUACGAACCUUUUUAAGCAUGAAGAAAGCAAAAUCUGCUGUGGUUUACCUAACAGUUCUCCUUUGUCAAACUUUGAAUCGGCAAUCAUCCAGCUUGUACACUUUGACUCUAAAAGUGCAUCUUUGCCAAAAUCGCAUACAGAAUUCUAGUUGUAGCCACAACCAUUAAUCUUAGGAGGUAAUGAGGUUACUCAUUGCAUUCAAUAUUUCAGUUAACCCAAGGCGAAAACGUGAAGCUCAAAGGCAUCGGCUGCGGUUCAUUUAGAGUGAAUAAAGAUAUCAUGGAAGAUAACACUCGUUAUCUGGCACCUGAAGUCUUGGAAAGUGAGUGUCGAAACUACGACAGUAAGUCUGAUAUGUUUAGCUUCAGUAUUUUGCUCUGGGAAUUGUGGUUCUGUGAGAAAGCUUUUCAAACCUCGAUCACCAGUCAUUCACAGCACUUACAAAGGCUGAAGAGGGGAAUUCGCCCGGCACAUUUAGAGGGUAAAGACCGUCCAUGGCAAGUUUGGACAGAAGUCAUGGAAACAUGCUGGAAAGGUGAACCAAGUGCCCGAUUAACUGCUGAGGAAAGCAGGAACAGAUUACAUAGCUUAGAGUCUGCUUAGAGGAAGACACAACCAGGGCGACCAACACCACCACCGAAACCAUCUCGAUGGUCAAAACAAAGCUAACACCAUAAUCAUCUUGAGACUUAUCCGUUGUUGUUUCAAUAUAUUUCAAUUGAGGCUCGCUGUCUAAAAUGUUAAGAAGAAUAAAUAGCACGUGUUAAUGUUAAUUUUUUUUUAUAAAAAAUGAUAAUAGUGACAAUAGUAUGAAGAAGACAACAUGAGGGCUAAGAGCAGCCUUAAAACCUGUUUGAGCGGUCAAUUUUCGCUCAGUAUUUUUUCUGCAUUUUUGUCCUCUUUGGAGUCAAAUCUUCAGGGGCAGGACCGAUAAGGUUUAACAAUAUGAUAGGUCGCACAGCGCGGGUUCAUAUGGUUAGAAAUCUUUGUAGCGGUCGAAAGACCGAAGUUAGUAUCAUAAGGACCUCAAAGUUACAGCAACAGGAAAAUUUCACGUUCGAGACCAGUUUUCUUUACGAAAACAAAGGAAGAUUCCUUCCAUAAACUUGUUUAUCAUAGCAUUAGUCUACUGCAAAUCAGCUUGGUUUGCUACGCCGUUUGGUGUCUCCAAAUGCCAUGGCGUGCUUGUCAUUUUUCCAUGCCCAAAGUUAUUUUGGGUACCGCUCAAUGCAAGUUUCAUUGUUCGGUUCCUUUACGCAACAAAAUUUGUGCUCCUCGUUAUCUAACACUUGAAAUUCGGAAGGAACAAGAUUAGCUGUUAGAUAGGCGGUAUACCACUAGUAAAGCUGACAAUGAACGGUCUCAGAGGUUUGCUGAGUAAAGAUCUAGAAAAAUUAGCAUAUGAAAAGUGCGUCGUAGGUUUUGACCGUCUCUUGAGGUGGAAUGAAAUCUGUGAAAGUUAUCGUUGAUUAGUUUGCAAUGCUGCCGCCAUAAUGGUGUAGUUUGAUCGUCCGGGUGAGUGUAGUCCUGAGAAGGACUGUUGUCGGUAGUGGUGACUGACGUUUCGAUAACCUGAGCGGAAGUCAUCAUCAGAGUCAAGUGAAAGGUUGUUGUCAGUCGAAUGUACUUAGUCCGGUUUGUGUACAUUGAUUGGUCAGUUUUGCCGUGAUGUUAUUGGCUGUAAGACUCAAGUGGCGAAGAAAAUGGUAAAUUACCUUUUCUAGACUGCUUGGUAAGCCGUGACGACAAUUCACUAUGGACAACAGUUUACCGACAGAUUACUGGACGAGUCAUCCUACAACCCGACAUCACACAAAGCCACUACUAUCAGGACUCUUACCCGACGAGCGCAAUUAGUAUGUAAUACGACAGACAGCUUAUCCGACGAGAACAAGUACCUUAAGCGUGUUUUUUCAAAGAACAACUACAAGUUAAAUAGCAAAAUGAAAUCAAACGUCGGAUCUCUGUAUUUUUUGAAAGACCUAAUAUCUUAAGUUAUGCAGAGGACAAGUAUAAUGACAGACGCGGAAAACUCGUAAUAACUCCUCAUCCUAAGGAUGUUGUAUGCAUCAAAAUGUGUAGCGAAAUACAAAUAUUGAUUGUUGUCUGAUUCAUUACUUUGUCACCUUACUAGCACUCCACAUAUAUUCCUUUAGCUUUUAAAAAGUAUGCCACUAUUCCCAGUAUGGAAAACAAAUGAGUUAUGUUUUAUAAAUUUUACAGCGAGGUUUAAGAGGUUAAGUUAAAUAGCUCAGUCAGCUCAAUGAACGUAGUUGUGCCUCGACUUGAUAUGGAGAGAUAUUUUGAGUGAUAAAUAUAUAGCAAGUGUUAGUUUUAAGUGUUGCAACGUUGGUUCAAGUGAUAUUAUCUAGUAUGUGAUGGUGCAUUAUCAAAUUGCAGAUCAAAACUGCCUGACAAAAUUUCUCAUGGAAAAACAAAACUCCAUAGUGUUUAGAAUCAAUGCCCUCUCCAUGAAAACGAAAGAUUUGAAAGAAUUUAAAUUCUUCAUGAUGUCGAAUUAAAGCCGGGUCAUUUGCCAGACGGAUUUUAUUGUUAAAAGUAAUCACUGGCUGAUUCCAAUCACAUAGACUUCUGCGAUAUCCUUUCGAAGGAGCCCACGUGAAACACAACUGAAAAUGCGUCAUGAAACGGAACUACGCACUCCAAUGAUCGAUAAACACUCUUUCACCCUGUGCGUCAUUCGACCAUUACUGACCGUUACCAUUUUUUUUGAUGAAGAGCUAACGCUCGGAAAGACAGCUUUAAAACUCUUUAUGGUGGCCAAUCCACAUUAUUUUCUUUUACGACCAGCAACACAGUUUCUCUAGAAACUUACCCCCUUAAUUCGUUAUUGUCAAAUUUGAGUUCAAUAUUUCCCUGACAACAUUUACACCUGUCGCAAAUGUAAGCCUGAGGUUCUUCAACAGCAACAAAAACUUUACUCGUUCUACAGUUAGAAUCACACAUCAUUGUAUGUCACGAAAAUCAGCAGUAAAGACAGUCGCUGGUUACUCAAAAGAGCUUAAGAGCUAAACUGGUUGGUUGACUUUCUGUCAAUAAAAGCUUCGCAGAUCGAGAGUGGUCUUCUCCUUUAUACUGACCUGGAUACUGACAUAAAAAAAAUACCAACGAUUUUCUUCAACUGGGCUGUUUAUCGAUAAAACGUGGGAUUUCUCAUUAAAGUAAGAUGUUCAUCAAAUUGGAAAAACGUUGCAUACGAAAAAUCUCCAGCUCUGUUAAAAUAAAGUCCAAUCAAUAAAUUUAUCGGUUCGCUAAGACUUCAAGAGGUUUAGAAACUGACUGAGGGAGCAAGCGUUGUAGGAAUGCAUACUAAAAUCAAGACGAAGUUGAACAAACGGAUACAUUUUAAAGCCAAGCAAAAAUAACCGAUACCCUGACAACUGGAUGUCACAACAUAUUUCCCGAAUCAUGAGUGACAACUGCCAAUGCAAGAAAGAUGGCUCAUGGGGCGUUUAUUAGGCUCUGAAAUGAGUUCGCGAUUACUGUGUCAAAGUUAGCCCUUCGUCAGAACCAGUUCCACUACUGGUGAAAGUGUGUGAAAAAAUCCUAUUCGUUUCGUUAACAUCAAACUCACUAAAGCCAUAUCCGAAAUUUCUUUUUUGCAACUGACCUAAAAUUUUCCCUCGGCCUCUUAAAAAAAAGUCCCAGAUAUGUCACCUCAUUUGGGGCACUGCUAUCAGAGCCGAAAAUGUUAUCGAGCUGGAAAUAAUUUAGCAAAGCAAAAUUAUUCUGACUGUCAUAACAUUUCUAUAAGCACAUAAUUGUCAAACGCUGUCCCGUAGAAUGUUACAGUGAAGGAAUGAGUCAGCUUUCUACAAUAAAAAAAAAAGGGAGAGAGAAGCUAAUUAAAAAAUACUUAUUUUUUUAACGGUGAAAACGUUAGUUAAGAGGAAUAUCCUAUGAAAAACAGUUAAUAGCAAACGCUGUAUGACAAAUUGCACUAAAAAAUCUCUUUUAAUGCGGAGGCGCUAUUACUAUAUCAAACGUAGGAUAACAAUAAGCCUGAACAAACAAUUAACUUCUAAAAACCUUAAUAGAUGUUUCGCUGUUCCGUAUUUUUCAUAUAUUUCCAACUAUUGAUGCAAAGGCAG